AUGGAUUACGAAGUAGAAGACGAUAUCGACUAUGACGACCUGCGCGCUGUCGAGAUCAACUCGCUCAAGGCCAUUUUCCCCGAACUAGCUAUUGACAGCGAAAACAAGUAUGCCUUUACGCUCGAAGUGCCUGUGAACCCGGCCAAGGUCGUCACUGUCGCAUUUCCAGCCACAGGCAUCAUCGAGAAUGCAACAACUGACACGCAGGUGGCUCCCGGGGCAUCAUCUGCUUCCGACGCCAGUGCCAGUGCUGCCAACGCACAUCUCCUCCCAGAGAACCGGGUCAUCGACACGCACAGCUUGGCCUACUUGCCGUCACUGCAUCUUUGUGUAACGCUGCCACCUGCGUACCCAGCAGAAGAGCCGCCCACAGUGGCCGUCACGGCGUUUCCACCAUGGCUGCCGAGCAGCGUGCUGGGUCGCCUCGCGAGCGAUUGUGAACGACUCUGGGAGGAGACGGGGCGCGACCAGGUUGUGUUCAGCUACGUCGACCAUAUCCAGCAGGCGGCGGAUGACGAGGUGUUUGGGCUCGUGAACCAAAACGGGUUUCUCGCCGUGGACACGGAACACAAAGUGGCGAUUCUCAACUACGACGUUGCAGCAAAGCAGGCCGCCUUUGCCAAAGAGACGUUUAGCUGUGACUUUUACAGCAGCGCCAUCACAGAAGGUGACCUUGCAUCUAUUCGUUGCCUCGAGCCGAAUUGCUCCAAGGAGCGCGUCGCUGCGGCCCAGCAGAUGGGCAAGAAGAACAGCAAACCCAAGCUCGUAUCCGUUAGUCCCGGCGAGCUGCUGCAGAUUCCCCUUGACGAGAGCCUGGUGCGGCGCUACAUUGACCUCAAGUACAAGACGGCACUCCAGUCGGACAAGAAUACUGUCUACUGCCCGCGCGCUUGGUGCAACGGUGCGGCACGGUCUAAAAAGCACAAGAAACCGCGCGGCCUGUCGCUCCAUGAGAGCGACGGCGAAGACGAGGAGGAGGCGGAAGCGGAAGCAGCAGUAGAGGCGCCGGCAGGCGAUAACGGCAAGAGCAAAAAGGCGUACUCGGCGACAGAAGAACGCCUAUGCAUCUGUGAAGACUGCGCGUUUGCAUUUUGCAACCGUUGUCUCCUUUCGUGGCACGGCGACUUUGUGUACUGCUCACCGCCCCGAAACACCGGCGAGCUGGCUGAGGAGGAUAAAGCAUCGCUCGAAUACCUAGCACAUCACACGACGCCGUGCCCGACAUGCGCAGCGCCUGCCCAAAAGACCAUGGGAUGUAACCACAUGAUUUGCUUCCGCUGCAACACACACUUUUGCUACUUGUGCGCGGCGUGGCUCGACUCCAGCAAUCCUUACCGGCACUUUGGCGAGGCUCCCGAUGGCCGGCGAACAGGAUGUUUCAACCGACUGUGGGAGCUCGAGCAUGGGGACGAAGGCGGUGGUAACGGCCAGGUUAUUGCAUUCGAUGGACGCGCCGCUGUUCGCGUUGCCGACUUGAACGAAUCAGAUAACGAGGACCGGGACUUGCCCGACGAUGAUCUGUCCGACUGGGAUUCGGAUGAAGAUGUUGUGCAAGGUGAUGCCAACGUCAACGGUGCCGCUGCUGCAGAUGGCUACCAGGGCGGACGCGGUGGCCGGCCCCAAGGCUACGAGGCUUUGCGGCAGCUCGAGGAAGAGGGCAGGAUGGUCGUAUACGAGGACGAGGAGCAGGGCGAGGUCGAGGAGCUGCCGGGCAGGGACGGGGACAAAUACGGGGGGCCGGUGCUGGCGGCCGAGAACACCGAAAUCCUGGUAACGAGUUGGACCCAGUGA